AAGAGAAAGCUGUAGACCUGCAAUAAAACAUUCACAACUUGAACAGUUUGGUUUCAUUGAGAAUCAUGGCGUUUUACUGAAGUCAACAAAUUUUAAUUUUAAUCUAGAUAAGCUAUGUCGUAUUACUGAUGAUGGUUACGUAUCUAAAACCUGCCAAUCAUUAAUUUUAAAGUGUGCUACAUUUUUUUUGCUUUUUAUUUGGCGGGUCUUAGUGAUUAAUUGUUGCGAAACUGCUCAUUGAGUGGGUGUAAGAGGUUAUAUACGAUUCUGAUUCCCUUACCAAAUAUGUCACGUCUGGGUUUACAAGAUGUAGCGGCAAUACUACGUGGGUUGCAAAACGUCGUGAACGCGACAGUGAAGCUCCAGGAAUCUCAAAUAAAACAGGUGUGGAAUAAUUCCAGCUUGAAAGAAAUGGCUGAAGAUUUGCGACAUACCGGCGGAAAGACUAUCAUGAACACAUUAAAUUCUGGGAACGUACAGACGGAUAUAACAAAGCAACUUACAGAGUUGAUGGAGAGAGCAUCUAUGGUUGGGGAGGGAGUGAAGGCUUAUGUAAAAUAUUCCGGUGGUGUAAUUCCUCAGCCAGACACAGAGUCAUUUACAACAGAGGCAGAAAUCAAUGAGUUAAACUUGUACAGUACUGUGUAUCCACAAGACUCUCUAUCAGUAUCAAAGUUUGACAGUGAUGCUCACAAAACUCAUAAUGAUGCAAAAGUUAAUGGGCCAUCUGAAAAGGUGGUGAACAAUGCAUCAUCAGUAAAUUUAGGAACUGAAAACUUGAAACAAAAUGACAGUUCCCAAGCACCAGGCAAGGCUGUCAAGGUGGAGGAAGUUGACAGAACAAAAACUCCAGAAAAUGACACUAAGCAGAAGCCAUUAGAUAAAGUAGAAAGUAGAGUAAAGACUGAAACUGCUGAUGUUGCUGUCCCGGAGAGUGCAGCUAAACCAUCUCCAAAUAGUACUAAGAAACCUGGUGCAACUUGGGUGAAGAAACGACAGACACUCAGCAGUUCCUCAAGACAACGGAAGGUACCAUCCUCACGUCUUGGCCGGUUGAUGUCGUUUGGAGGUUUGGCUGCAGGCCUCGGUGUAGGAGCUGCUGCUGAAUUUACACGACGCACUUUGGGCCUCAAGGACAAGCAACCAGGUGCUGAAGGUGGUUCAGAAAAUACUUUCCUGACACCAGCCAAUGCAGAGCGUAUUGUCAACACUUUAUGCAAAGUCAGAGGAAUAUUCAUAGACAACAUAGUGGAAGUGGCCAAACGAGAACUCGCUUGGGAAGUAGAUUAUGUAAGAGAAGCUGCCUGCACUAAGAAAUUCAAGGAACUACUGAAGCCUUAUCCAGAUUACAUUGUACCAGAUUGUGUGGAUCUAAAUCUGGAAAUUCGAGAGCACAUCUGCUUCCUGAUCAUGCAGCUGUGCCUGAAAGAGCUGUUUGAAUUCCGUUAUAUGCAAACGGAUCCCAACUGGAGCAACUUCUUUUACAACCCGGAAACUCGGAAGAUGGCUCUCUUGGACUUUGGUGCUUCACGGGAGUACAGCAAAGAAUUUAUGGACAAAUACAUUCAGGUGAUCCGAGGAGCUGCUGAUGAAGACAGGCAGAAGGUUUUGAAGCUUUCCAAGGAACUUGGCUUUUUCACAGGAUAUGAAUCAAAGAUUAUGGAAGAAGCACAUGUUGAUGCAGUCAUGAUUCUCGGAGAAGUUUUCCGAUCUCAAACACCAUUUGACUUUGGAGCACAGAACACCACCAGGGAGAUUCAACAAUUGGUGCCAACGAUGAUAAAACACAGACUUUGCCCUCCUCCUGAGGAGAUCUAUUCACUGCAUAGGAAACUGUCGGGUGUGUUCUUACUAUGUUCUAAGUUACAGGGCUCGGAUUCGAAUGACCAAGAAGUAUUUGGAAAUUACCUAUAA